AUGAGUUCAAGGAUAAAGGAUAUCUGUAGAACUCUUACAAAGGUGGAGGAAGAAAAUCACGGUGCUGCACUAGAAGAUGUAACAGUGUUUAUACCCGAUAGCAUUACCCCUGGCAACAACAUCAGUUUGAAAGGCGGUUAUUACGCGUUGAUACCAAGGCUGGCACAUAUGGUAACCGAAACAAGAAUUCAUCUCAAAACGAAAGUGAUAAACAUCGAGUCAGAAAAUGGUGCAAUAAUGUACAAAGCAAGUCACGUGAUCGUUACAAAUUAUCUAGGCGUCCUUCAAUAUCACCAGAUACUUUUUAAUCCUAGCCUCCCAUUUGUAAUGAUUGUGUUAAAAUUGAAGCUGGAAUAUGGGACAGCCACCGACCCUAAUACACUUGACGUUUGGCUAUGCGGAGAGGAUGGCAAAGAGAUAGAAACAAUUUCUAAUGACGUCAUAGCGCGUGUGAUUACUACGGUGUUGAGACAAUUUUCCAACGACCAAACUAUCCCGGAACCCGAUUCAAUCCUAAAAACCUAUUGGUUUUCAAACCGACAGUUCAGGGGGUCGUACUUCUACAUCCGGUUUGGAUUAACAGUGUAG